AUGAGCCUGACCUCGCGAGUGCUCGGCCUGUUCUCGACAACAGAGAACUCGGACUCGAACACGAGUACUGCACAUGACCUUGCUGGUUCCACACUGAACCAGCCUACAUUCGGCUUCGAUGGCCAGAUAAUGUCCGGCGGCGCGGCCCGCCAUGCGCCGGAUGAUUUACUAGAGGAGGAGCCCCGGCCACCGUAUCUUCAUGCAAUGCUGGCAGGUGGUAUCGGAGGAUGCUGCGGUGAUAUGUUGAUGCAUUCGUUGGAUACAGUCAAGACCAGGCAACAAGGCGACCCGACCUUCCCACCCAAAUACACAUCGAUGGGCUCAUCAUACGCGACAAUCUAUCGACAAGAAGGACUCUGCCGAGGAUUAUACAGUGGAGUGACGCCGGCUUUCCUAGGAUCGUUCCCGGGUACCGUGAUCUUCUUCGGAGUGUACGAGUUCACUAAGAGGUUGAUGUUGGAUUCUGGAAUCAACCCCAGUUUGGCGUACCUAUCCGGCGGUUUUUUCGCAGACUUGGCCGCUUCAGUUGUUUAUGUGCCGUCCGAGGUGCUUAAGACCCGACUUCAGCUGCAGGGCCGGUAUAACAACCCGCACUUCCACUCAGGAUACAACUAUCAUGGCACAACCGAUGCAUUCCGAACCAUCGUGCGGAAAGAAGGGUACUCAGCCCUGUUCCACGGCUACAAGGCGACCAUAUUCCGCGACUUGCCGUUUUCAGCCCUGCAAUUCGCUUUUUACGAACAAGAACAGACCUUGGCCAAGGAAUGGGUCGGCAAGCGAGAUAUCGGUCUGGGAUUGGAAAUUUUGACAGCUGCAACCGCCGGCGGUAUGGCUGGUGUCAUUACCUGUCCGCUCGACGUUGUCAAAACGCGCAUUCAAACUCAAGUAAACCACCCCGAGCCCUCCACCGGGUCGAAAAGCACAAAACACGGCGGCGAUCACAGACCCCACGCGGGAUCAUCGCAUUCCCACGCGUCGCAUCCACACUCGCGACCUAUUUCCACCUCAUCACCCUCCACCUCGGUCUCACCGCCGGGUGCACCGCGAUUAGACACAUCUUCCGUGUUCACGGGCCUGAAGAUGAUCUAUCGCACCGAAGGAUUUGCGGGGUGGUUCCGCGGCGUUGGCCCGCGCGGUGUGUGGACCAGCAUCCAGAGCGGAACCAUGCUGGUCAUGUAUCAAUACCUCCUCAAGCAACUCGAGUCCUGGCAGGAGCUCCAAGCAGAAACGCCACUUUGA